AUGAAUAAUACACUUUAUCAAAUGAAUGCUGGAAUUGCCAUUCAACAGCAUAUACCCCCAUCUCAGCAACUGCAACCGGCUCAACAAGUAACCAACCAAUAUCAAUAUCAGCAGCAGCUACAACAACAACAGCAACAACAACACCAAACCCAACAGCAUCAUAUAAUCCCACCACAUUCACCAAUUUAUCAUUCGGCCAUACCACAGUAUCUACAUUACCAACCACAACCACAACUACAACAAUACAGCCAUCAAUAUCAUCAUCAACUACAACAACAACAACCUCAAUCAAUUUAUCAAACACAACAACAACCUGUACAUUCACCAUAUCUAACUGCCGUUUUAUCGACAUCAAACAACAACACUAACGCAUCCAAUAAUAAUCUAUCAAAUUCAUCACAAAUGGCAACAAAUAAUUCAAGAGAGUAUGGAGAGAGUACCACUACAACAUCGGUGAUCCCUCCAUCAGUCUCUAGUUGCAUGACUCCAACCAUGCCAUCACAGGUCAUGUCACCAUUGAUUGUUGGAACACCUACCUCGGGAAGCGUCGCCAAGAGAAAAUUGGAAGACGACGGAGACUUUAGUCUUCUCAAGGUUCAACCCCUACUUGUAUCAUCACCCCUCCUCACACCAGUCACCCAAUCGCCUGGACUGACCUCUGUCCAAUUGGCCUUUCAAAACACAACACUCUCUAACCCCCCGACCCCACUCUCCAUGUCGCCUUCGCUGUCACCCUCAAUGGCCCCCAUGUCGCCAUCCAAGAAAUCGAAAAAUAGCAGAUCGACAAGCAAGUCCAAGUGGAGUGAGGGUGAGGGGUCGGGUCGCUGGCCAAAGGUCGGCACCAUUGUCAAGGGCCCAUGGAAGGAUGAGGAAGAUGCCAAGCUCAUCGAACUUGUAAAUAAGAAUGGACCUAAAGAAUGGUCUACCAUAGCCUCAAAGAUCCCCGGCCGUAUUGGAAAGCAGUGUCGUGAGCGAUGGUUCAACCAUCUCAGCCCCGACGUGAGAAAGACAAACUGGACACCCGAAGAGGACAGACUCAUCAUAGAGUCGCACCAAGAGCUCGGCAACAAGUGGACCGCAAUAUCAAAGCUCUUGGACGGUCGUCCCGCCAAUGCGAUCAAGAAUCACUGGAACUCGACACUCGUCAAGCGAAUUGGUGCAGACAUUCGGAAUCAUCCCCCCUCCACCACAAGAGACUCCAAGAGUGGCGAUGACGACGAUGACGACGACGACGAAGACAUUGAUACCCAGUCGCCCGCAUUGUCACCCAUCUCUCUCUACCCACAAGACAACGCACUUGGCAAAAAGAGCCAACUCGCACACCACACAAUGGCCAGCAGCACCGACUCCUCGUCGUCUUCCAGCAACUAUAAUAUCCCACCAUUUGUCUUGUCAGAUUCAAUAUCAAAUUCCGUCCCCAUCCAAACUCAUGCACAAUCCUCUUCAUCAUUAUUACAUCAACAACCUCUAACACAUCAACAACCAUUACAAUUACCUCAACAACAACAACCACAACAACAACAACAACAACAAACAGGAACCAUUGUGGCACCACAAAUUAUAAGACUUCAAAAUAGUAGCACUACUCCAAGUUCAUCAACAUCAUCGCCACCACCACCAACACAAUCCAAUAACAACAACAACAACAACAACAACAAUUCUUCACAAACAAAGAAACCACUUGAUUUGAAUUUUCCACAACAACAACACGAACAUCACUCUGUGCCACAACAACAACAAACACAAUCAAAGGCAGGCUAUUACCAAGGAGCAGGAGGAGCCGGAACAACAGGCGGUGACAUUACCAACUACCCUCCAUCUCAUGAUCCAACCUCUACGACAAGCAAUUAUUGGGAAAUGACUCCUUCUGGUGAAAUGCCAAAUCAUCAAACUUUAUUCACAGCUGAUUUCCAUGUAUUUGAAAAUCCUUCUGAAUUUUUAUUCUUUGGUGAUUCAGAUCAUCAACAUUUACAACAACAGCCACAACAACAACAACAACAAAAUCAACACCAACAACAAAACCAACAGAAUAAUAUGCCCUUAACCAAAACUGAUUUAAACCCACCUCAACAUCAAGGUAGUCAACCUUAUGACCUCAAUAACUUAUUCAAUAAUAAUGGCGAUAUAUCUUUAUAA